AAUGACCUUACACUCACCAGCAAUGCCCACGGAUCCAUACUGAUACAUACAGGGAGACGGGGAUGUCAAACAGAGUCUCCUGAACUAACCUGGCCCAACCUGGCACAUACCUUGAGUGGGCCCAAUUACACAUACUACCAAAAGACCCAUUAG